GAGUCUUCCUCCACCCCGGGAAAUGGGGCCACGCCCGAGGAGUGCCCGGCGCUCGCUGACAGCCCCACCACGCUCACCGAGGCCCUGCAGAUGAUCCACCCCAUUCCCGCCGACUCCUGGCGAAACCUCAUCGAACAAAUAGGGCUCCUGUAUCAGGAAUACCGAGAUAAAUCGACACUCCAGGAGAUCGAAACCAGGAGGAAGCAAGAUGCAGAAAUACAGACUAAUGUCGACGGGUCCCCGGGCAGUGGGGAGACCCCAGAGGAAGAGCAGGAGCUGGAGCCGGAGCCGGCCAGCCUGCCCGUGAGGAAAGCUCUGCCACAGAUCUGCCUGCUCAGUAACCCACACUCCAGGUUCAACCUCUGGCAGGACCUCCCGGAGAUUCGGAGCAGCGGGGUGCUGGACAUCCUCCAGCCCGAGGAGAUCAAGCUGCAGGAGGCCAUGUUCGAGCUGGUCACUUCCGAGGCCUCCUACUACAAGAGCCUGAGCCUGCUGGUGUCCCACUUCGUGGAGAAUGAGCGCAUGAGGAAGAUCCUGCACCCGUCCGAAGCCCACAUCCUCUUCUCCAACGUCCUGGACGUCAUGGCGGUCAGCGAGCGGUUUCUCCUGGAGCUGGAGCGCCGGAUGGAGGAGAACAUCGUCAUCUCGGACGUGUGCGACAUCGUGCACCGGUACGCGGCCAACCCCUUCUCCGUCUACAUCACCUACGUCAGCAACCAGACCUACCAGGAGAGGACGUACAAGCAGCUGCUAGGAGCACAGGAGGGAGACCGAGGACCCCGGGGAGUGCGGGCGCGGCUCGGGGCCACCGCGGGUUGCUCGGGGCCCUCAGACUGCCCAGGGACGGAGCAGGGCAGAGGAGGACCCCCACGCGCUGGCCGGCGCGGCCCGAACAUCCUCAAGCGCGUGGAGGAGCAGUCAGAGCGGGAGGGCACCGCCCUGGAUGCCCACAAGGAGCUGGAGAUGGUGGUGAAAGCGUGCAACGAGGGCGUCAGGAAGAUGAGCCGCACGGAGCAGAUGAUCAGCAUCCAGAAGAAGAUGGAGUUCAAGAUCAAGUCGGUGCCCAUCAUCUCCCACUCCCGCUGGCUGCUGAAGCAGGGCGAGCUGCAGCAGAUGUCGGGCCCCAAGACCUCCCGCACCCUGCGCACCAAGAAGCUCUUCCGGGAGAUUUACCUCUUCCUCUUCAACGACCUGCUGGUCAUCUGCCGGCAGAUCCCGGGGGACAAGUACCAGGUGUUCGACUCGGCCCCGCGGGGCCUGCUCCGGGUGGAGGAGCUGGAGGACCAGGGCCAGACGCUGGCCAACGUGUUCAUCCUGCGGCUGCUGGAGAACGCGGACGACCGGGAGGCCACCUACAUGCUCAAGGCGUCCUCUCAGAGUGAGAUGAAGCGCUGGAUGACCUCGCUGGCCCCCAACCGGAGAACCAAGUUCGUUUCCUUCACCUCCAGGCUGCUGGACUGCCCCCAGGUCCAGUGUGUGCACCCCUACGUGGCCCAGCAGCCCGACGAGCUGACGCUGGACCUGGCCGACAUCCUGAACAUCCUGGAGAAGACGGAGGAUGGGUGGAUCUUCGGGGAGCGGCUGCACGACCAGGAGAGAGGCUGGUUCCCCAGCUCCAUGACUGAGGAGAUCCUGAACCCCAAGAUCCGGUCCCAGAACCUCAAGGAGUGUUUCCGUGUGCACAAGAUGGACGACCCUCAGCGCAGCCAGAAUAAGGACCGCAAGAAGCUGGGCAGCCGGAAUCGGCAGUGACCCCGCGAGCCCGGGGUGGGGGGCCAGGCGGGAGUGGACACAGAUGUGCUCUGGGGCAUGCCAGCGCCCCCAGGCAGCAGGCUGUGGCCCCCCCUCGUCCCCGCCCCGCGGUGAGCGCCCCUGUGUCCUGGCCCCUCGCCCACAAACUGAAGACAGGGCGCCCGCUCUCCCGCUGCGACUGUAACUGAGAAAGUGUAUUUUAAGCAGCAUCGUGCGUCCCCUCUGCGCCCUGAGGCGGGAGGGGAUUGUCACAGAGGCCCAGGCCGUGUCCCCGCUGAUGAGGGCAGGUGCCAGCGAGGAUUGGCAUGACCCCUGCACGUGUCCUUCUCCGCCCUGGAAGCCCCUGGACGCCGCCAGGUGCACAGACGGACCGGCCCGCCCGCGGCGGGUUUCCAGCUCCCGGCGGGCGCCGAGACCGACCGGCUCUGUGCCCGCCCAAGCCCCGCGGCUCUGGCUGCGCAGCGGCCCUGCCUCCUGCAGGCCCGGCCCAGGCUGCUGCCCGCUCCCCGGCAGGCCCGACUGACUCGUGUCUUCCGGCCCCCUCAAGAGCCCAGGUGUUGCAGGAAUGAACCGGUCACCGCAUCCUUACCAGCUACAGUUCCAAGAAAGCAAACGAUCAUUUUUGGCUGCAUUAAAGCAUCAUGUAUAA